UGAAAUGACAUUCUCUUCUGGUCUUUAAACAGAAAUAUUUAUGGAGUUUUCCUAAGACUCAAACAGUGCAGAUAUUUUUCUAUAGUUACGUUGAAAACUUUUCAAAAGUAUUCUGUCAGUUUGUAUUUUUUACUGUAGAUGAACAGAAGAACAGCAGUGAUUUACUUGUUUGAUUUGGUGGGAGGAGCAGCUCCAGCAGCCCCCUCCCGCUGCAGAAUCUGUGCCCGGGGGAAGGGAACUUUUGUCCGGAUACGUGGUGCAACUUGAGGCGGUCCUAAAGAUCAACGCACACCUCCAGCCUGGGAUCACCCCAGCCAGCCCCCUCCAGCUUUUACCAAACUUUAAAAAAUGGCUCCCUCCACUUCUUCCCAAGAGUUUUGUGUGCUUUUAAUCUCUUUUUUCGCCUCAGUGGUGAACUGUCAGUAUGAGAAAUACAGCUUCAGGAGCUUCCCUAGGAAUGAGCUGAUGCCUCUGGAGUCCGCGUACAAAUACGCGCUGGACCAGUACACCGGGGAGAAGUGGAAGGAGACGGUAGAGUAUAUGGAGGUGUCUCUGCGACUGUACCGGCUGCUGCGGGACAGCGAGGCCUUCUGCAACCUCAACUGCAGCUCAGUGAGGCUGGACGACGAGGAGAAGUUUUCCGAGUUCCCAGAACUGAGGGCGUUUGGGAAUGUGAUGAAGAGAGCGCAGUGUCUGAAGCGCUGCAAACAGGGGCUGCCCGCUUUCAGGCAGACCAUGCCCAGCCGGGACACCAUAGAGGAGUUUGAGAGGAGAGAGCCGUACAAAUACUUGCAGUAUGCCUACUUCAAAUCUGACAACCUGGCAAAAGCAGUGUCCGCAGCUCACACCUUCCUGCUCAGACACCCAGAUGACGAGAUGAUGAAGAGAAACAUGGCUUACUACAAGAGUCUGCCUGGAUCUGAAGACCACCUCAAAGACCUUGAGACCAAAUCCUAUGAGACCUUGUUUGUGCGCGCAGUGCGUGCGUAUAAUGGAGAAAACUUCCGUACCUCUGUGUCAGACAUGGAGCUGGCUCUGCGGGACUUCUUCAAAGUGUACGACGAGUGUCUGGCUGCAUCUGAGGGCCCCAGAGACGUCAAAGACUUUAGAGACUUUUACCCCUCCAUAGCAGAUCACUACAUAGAGGUCCUGGAAAGGAAAGUGAGGUGUGAAAGUGACUUGACACCUGUCGUGGGGGGUUUUGUUGUCGAGAAGUUUGUGGCCACGAUGUUCCACUACCUGCAGUUUGCCUAUUAUAAAUUGAAUGACCUGAAGAACGCAGUACCAUGUGCAGUUAGCUACAUGCUCUUUGACCCCAGUGAUGAAGUUAUGAAGAAUAACGUGGUGUAUUACCAGUUCCACAAAAGCCAGUGGGAGCUCACAGAGGAGGACUUUCUACCGAGACCUGAGGCAGUACGGUACCACAAUCAGACAACAAUGCAGCUACAGAUGUUGGAGUUUUCCAAACAGCGACUGGUGAGCGACGAUGAGGGGGAGGUGGUGGAGUUUAUUGAUGAGUUCCUGGAUGAGGAUGACAACCCUUUGUUGGAAGGUCCCCCGAAGUAAUGGAAAACAAACACACAAAAGCAGCACCAACACUCCCCAGUUUGUAUUUAUUGGGUUUUGUACAAGACUCUGAUUGAUCACUGUGUUUUUUCUACUUGUAAGAUCCACAUCCUGAAUUUCUUCAGUUUCUGAUUCGUGCACUCAAUAUCCGUUUGAGUGGUACCUAAAUGGUGGGUAAAUGUUUAAUAAGAACAUUUGAGACGAGAUAUUUAACUCACUGUUUUGUGGAUCCAUGUCCCCACUGUGAACUUUGUAUGUUGUCUUAAAUGGUCAUUUCUGCAGUAAAAUGUCAAUAAAACUUCAGGUUAAACAUUG